AUGUCAAAAGGGAAUGGUAUGUAUUUUCGCCCAUACCGUACACGAUUGCCCGACCGGCAAACGGGUAGCUAUUUAUUGCAAUCAGCACCUGAUGUAGGUAGAUGCAGGGCUAUAGUACCUAGAUGGUUUUGUAAUUCAAGCUCAGGUAUCUGUCAACAGUUUACAUAUGGUGGAUGCGGUGGCAAUGAUAAUAGAUAUGAUAGUGAAUCCAUGUGCUAUAGUAACUGUGCAGAUAAAUGCCAACCAUCAUCAGCACCGGUAUAUAGUAGAGGUAGUAGUAGUAGUAGUAGUAGUAGGAAGCAUGGUAAACAGUUGACCGAUUCAAAUGAUCAAGAAUUUUUACCCAAAAAAAAUCAUAUGGACAAAACUAAUUAUAAUCCAGAUUGUCAUUUACCGUCCAAUAAGGGAGUGUGCAGGAUGGUACCAUAUCCUAGAUGGUUUUGCAAUUCAGGCACCGGUAGGUGCCAACAGUUUCUAUAUACUGGUUGCGGGGGUAAUGACAAUAAUUUUGAAGAUGAAAACAAUUGCUACAAUAGCUGUGGACAUGUAUGUAGUGGUGGUAGUGCUAUUACAAAUAAAUAA